CAAUGGGAACAUUUACCUGCGGGUAGACUGACUACUCAACGAAGUUAGCGCGUGGUGCCUAGCGUUCAAACAGUCUCCGUCCGAAUUUCCACCACAUUGUACCACGCUAAACAAGCUAAACUCGUUGUCAAACUCACUGUACCGUUCGGACCGUUCGGACCGUUCGAACUUUAUGAAGUUCGGAACCGUAGGCACCACGCCCUUAGUUUUCAGCGACAAUAAAUGGCCGUUCUUGAGGCGGCAUGAGCACGCUCAACGACCAUUUACCUGCACCGGGGAAUUUUGUUAACCCCAUAAUUAUUGUCUCCCGCCUCAGUGUCCUUUGUUCGGAGACAACAGUAGCCGAUAGCAAUCCUUAGCUAGCUUCCAUGGCCCCUCCGUGGCGCCUCCCCAGGAGCGUGCUUCCCACCACCGCCGCCUUAGUACUCUCCGUCGCCAUCGCCUUGCUUCCGACGCCAGUAGCGCGCGCUCAGGAGUGUUCGAGCUCCUCGCCGUGCAAUCCGGCAAGUCUCUGCUGCAGCCAGUGGGGCUGGUGCGGAAGCAACUCUUCCUACUGCGGUGCAGGAUGCUCUAACGGACCAUGCUAUGGCACGGGCACGGCUUCCUUUCGCCGCAUCACCUACUACCCCAACUGGAGCAACAUGGACCCCAAUACCUUCCAAGUCAACCACUUUACCCACAUUGUUUAUGCCUUUGCUGCCAUCAGCCCUCUCAACUAUACUGUGGUGCCUUAUGAGUGGUGGACGGACAUUUACCACGGCCUCUACAACCGCUUCACAGCAGCCAUCAAAGCCAAGAACCCUGCAGUCAAGCCAGUUCUCUCCAUUGGCGGCGGUGACGGUGUCAGUGCACAGCGCUUCGGAUACGUCUCGGCCACUCGCACGCGCCGCACAAAGUUUAUCAACUCGGCCAUUGCUUUGGCGAGGAAGUAUGGGUUUCAGGGGAUUGACGUCGAUUGGGAGCUGCCGAAGGGAGUCCCCGGGCGGUUUUCGGCAUUGAUCACGGAAUUCCGGGCAGCGAUAAAUGCUGAAGCUGCCCGGACACGCCGCGCGAAACUCACGCUGUCUGCAGCUGUGACCGGGUAUGCAGGGGAUAUAGAUUCCUGCUAUCACAUGCCAACACUUAACAAAGUGCUGGACUGGGUGGGAAUCAUGACAUAUGAUCUGCAUGGGGAGUGGGAAGACGUGACUGGAGAGCACACAGCCUUGGAAGACAAGAAAAGUCCAUUGUCAAGCAUCAAGGGGGCUGUCGCAGGCUUUCUUGCUAGGGGGUUGUCACGAAGCAAGCUGGUGCUGGGGCUGGCAUCAUAUGGACAUGUGUGGACCCUCAAGUCUGCUGCAGAUCAUGGGGUUGGCGCACCUGCUAAAGGAGGCCCCACUAUGAGCUACAAGGAGAUUGUGAACUUUAUCGCCGAUGGUGCUACAGCUGCGCUUGAUUCGCCAUCUUCGUCGAUGUAUGCUUAUAAAGGGACGAAGUGGGUGGGAUACGACAACACUGCGACAAUAACGACUAAGGUAAGUUAUGCCAAGCAGCAAAGGUUGGGGGGGUAUAUGUUCUGGUCGUUUGAUCAAGAUAAUGGGUAUGAUUUAGCCAAGGCUGCUGCUACAGCAGCUUGACCAUGGCCAACAUGUGAUGUAAGUUGGUGAAAAUCGAAUAAUAUAUUUCUCUCAAUAUUGUAUGUAUAGUUCUAAUUUUAUAAUUCUUGCUGCAAGGUGUUCCUGUUGGGCG